UUGAAGGAAAAAGGGAGGAAUGUGUAUGGGCUGUCUCAGAGUAACGGGACAAGGACGCGUUUGGGCGAAAAGCUGCUGUUGCUUCGUAUGGAUCUACAUACGUUUGGGAUAGUCUGCUAUAUCUAGAGAAAACAACAAAAAAAAUCGCCGGAAGUUUGAAGAAUAGUGAUUAACUGAUAAACUUGUUUUCAUUUGUUUUUCCCAGUAGCUCUUCCGGACUUAGUGUAAAAUGAGCAUCAAUGUAAUUUGACUUGUACUUACUUUUGCGAGAUUAAAACCCACGAUGUGCGUCUGUCGUACGGCUGUCCAUUAAAAGAAGGCGCGCGGCGUAGUUUACCUUGUUUACCUGGUUUACCUUGGCCGUCCUGGGGCGCUGCACAGGCGUAAGAAGUUGCUGUAGAAAAUACAUAUCUACAUCUAUAUAGCUAUAGAUAUACCCAGCCGGGACCUUAACAAGAAACGGAUAAAGUCAUGGCAGAACAUGAGAGUCUGGAGUUUGGAAAGGCUGACUUUGUCCUGCUGGACAACGUGUCUACGGAAGAAUUCAUGGCUAACCUAAAGCUCAGGUUUGAGAAAGGGAGAAUCUACUCCUAUAUCGGGGAGGUGGUGGUCUCCGUCAACCCGUACCGUGCCAUGAACAUCUACGGGCGUGACACCAUAGAGCAGUACAAGGGCCGUGAGCUGUAUGAGAGGCCACCUCACCUUUUCGCCAUUGCCGACGCUGCCUACAAAGCCAUGAAGAGAAGAAACAAAGACACCUGCAUCGUCAUCUCAGGAGAAAGCGGUGCAGGAAAAACAGAAGCCAGCAAGUAUAUAAUGCAAUAUAUUGCUGCUAUCACCAACCCAAAUCAGAGGGCUGAAGUUGAAAGGGUCAAAAACAUGCUGCUGAAAUCAAACUGUGUCCUGGAAGCAUUUGGGAACGCCAAAACAAACCGCAAUGACAACUCCAGCCGCUUUGGCAAGUACAUGGACAUCAACUUCGAUUUCAAGGGGGACCCAAUCGGGGGCCACAUAAAUAACUACCUGCUGGAGAAGUCCAGGGUCAUUUUCCAGCAGGAAGGGGAAAGAAGUUUUCACUCAUUUUACCAGCUGCUGAGAGGAGGUCCUGAGUCCCUGUUACGCUCCCUUCACAUCCAAAAGGACCCAACAGCCUACAACUAUAUCAAAGUGGGAGGCCAGGUCAAGUCUUGCAUUAAUGAUGGAGCUGAUUUCAAAGCCGUUUCUGAUGCCAUGAAGGUGAUAGGCUUCACGGGGGAUGAGAUCCAAACUGUUUACAAGAUCCUGGCCACCAUCCUACAUCUGGGGAACCUGACUUUUGGUGUGGACGGCGACGUGAUCUUGAUUGAGAACUCUAAAGUAGUGUCUGUGAUCGGAGAUCUGCUGUCGACCAAGGAAGAAAACGUGGAAAAGGCCCUUCUCUACCGCACUGUGGCCACAGGGAGAGAUGUCAUUGACAAACAGCACACAGCACAAGAGGCCAGCUAUGGGCGAGAUGCUUUAGCCAAGGCCAUGUACGAGCGUCUUUUCUGCUGGAUUGUGGGCCGUAUCAAUGACAUUAUCGAAGUGAGAAACUAUGACGCCAGAGUCCAUGGGAAGAACACCGUCAUCGGGGUGCUAGACAUUUACGGUUUCGAGAUUUUCCAGAACAACAGCUUUGAGCAGUUCUGCAUCAACUACUGCAAUGAGAAGCUGCAGCAGCUGUUCAUCCAGCUGGUGCUGAAGCAGGAACAGGAAGAGUACCAGAGAGAGGGCAUCCCCUGGAAACAUAUUGAUUACUUCAACAACCAGAUCAUUGUGGACUUGGUGGAGCUGCAGCAUAAAGGCAUCUUCUCUGUGCUGGACGAGGCCUGCAUGAAUGUGGGCAAAGUCACCGAUGAGGUCUUCCUGCAGGGGCUCAAUGGCAAGCUGGCCAAGCAUGUCCACUUCACCAGCCGGAAGCUUUCACCAACUGACAAGAGUUUGGAGUUUGACAGAGACUUCCGGAUCAGACACUACGCGGGAGAUGUGGUGUACUCAGUGGUGGGUUUUAUCGACAAAAACAAAGACACUCUCUUCCAGGAUUUCAAGAGGCUGCUGUAUAACAGCUCAAACCCAGUGCUGAAGGGAAUGUGGCCAGAGGGCAAACUGAGCAUCACUGAGGUCACCAAGCGUCCCCUGACAGCCGCCACCCUCUUCAAGAACUCCAUGAUCUCACUGGUGGAAAACCUGGCCUGCAAGGAACCCUACUAUGUGCGCUGCAUCAAGCCAAAUGACGUCAAGUCCCCUCUGCUCUUUGAGCAAGAGCGCUGCCGCCAUCAGGUGGAGUACCUCGGGCUGCUGGAGAAUGUCAGAGUACGCCGCGCAGGCUUCGCCUACAGACAGACAUAUCCCCGCUUCCUGCAGAGAUAUAAAAUGAUUUCGGAGUUCACAUGGCCAAACCACGACCUGCCGUCAGACAAGGAUGCAGUCCGACGGCUUCUGCAGGGCUGUGGCUUUGACCACGACGUGGCCUAUGGCAAGACCAAGGUUUUCAUCCGUACGCCACGCACCCUCUUCAGUUUAGAGGAGCAGCGGGCUGACAUGGUCCAGAGAAUCGUCCUCUUCCUCCAAAAGGUGUGGAGGGGCACCAUCGCCCGGAUGCGAUACCGGCGGAUGCGGGCGGCCCUCGUCAUCCUGCGGGCCUACCGGCGCUACAAGGUCAGGUCCUACAUCCGCGAGGUCAACCGUCGCUUCAAAAACGUAGGUUCGAUGAAGGACUACGGCAGGCAUGUCAAGUGGCCCGCACCCCCAAAAGUCCUGCGCAAGUUUGAGGAGGCUCUUAGGAGCAUCUACAACAGGUGGUGGGCAUGGACAAUGAUCAAAGGCCUGUCUCCAGAGGAAGCCCUGCAGGUCAGGGCCAAGGUAGCCACUCUGGAGGCUCUAAAGGGCCAGAGGGCUGACCUGGGGCUACAGAGGGCCUGGGAAGGAAAUUACCUGAAGCGAGACAGCCCUGAAACUGCCUCGUCAUUCAUUUUGGUCUCCAGUGAGUUGCAGCGAAAGGACAAGUUCAUGAGAGUUCUUUUUUCCUGCAACGUCCGCAAAAUCAACCGUUUCCACAAGGCAGAGGACCGGGCUGUUUUGAUCACAGAUCGCCACCUGUACAAGAUGGACCCUCUCAAGCAAUACAAACCCAUGAAGAGCAUUCCCCUCUACAAUGUGACUGGGGUGAGUGUGUCCCCCGGGAAGGACCAGCUGGUUGUGUUUCACACCAAGGACAGCAGGGACCUGGUGGUGUGCCUGCAGGGCAUGGUGCCCGCCACCGAAAGCCGCAUCGGGGAGCUGGUCGGCACCCUGCUUAGCCACUUCAAAAGCGAGAAGAGGAAGUUGCAAGUAAGCAUCACCAGUCCCAUCCAGUGCAGCAUGAAUGGCAGGAAGUGCACUGUCAUUGUUGAACCCAAGAUCAACCAAUCGCAGCCAGACUUCACUAAGAGCCGAUCCGGUUACAUACUGGCUGUGCCUGGAAACUAGAAGGGGGAGACUACAAGGACAGUGGCAACAGAUUUCAACCCAGACCGAGACGAUGAUUCACUUCUGAUUCACAUCUCCUGUGUGCUGAGCUGACAACGACGUGGCCCUGUGAUGUACAGUAUAGAUAGCAGCUCCGGGGGACGAAUGGGAUAAUUGUAUCCUCAGAAUCCAAAGCCAUGCCAAAUUUGAGCUGUUGCAUGGGUUUCUAUGCAAUGUUCUGAAUAGGAAAUGUACAAGAUGCCCACAUGCAAAAAUGCUAUUAGCUAGUUUAAACUUAUGCACUGUAAGAUAGACCACCAAAGACAUUCCUUUUUUUUUUCUUCCCCCUUUCCAAACGCCAUCUGCUUUACAUAGCACAGUAUUUAGUGUGCUACAAGUGAAAUACCUGGUGUCUAGAGAAAACUGGGGUAGUCAAGGUGAGGGGAGAUUAUAAGGGAUCUGUCCUCGGAGCCAAUGAUGCGUUGCGUAAUGAAUAAAAAAAAAUGUCACAGGCUGUUUGGAUUCAUAAUCCUUGCAGCAGGAACCAUAUCAAAUGAGAGUUCAGCGAAAUGGCUAGGCAGUGAUAUAAUGUGCAGUUAUGACCCUCGGAUAAUUUCAGAGAUGCUUGGCCACAGCCACACUUGAAAUUUCUUGCUUUGACUCAUUGAGUUUUGUGCAGAUUCUGUUCAUUCCCACGAAUAAUAAUGUGUUUUUGUUUUGUUUUUGUUUUUUUGUUUUUUUGCUGACCUACCUACCUAGAUGGUAAAUGUAAAUGAAUCUGCAACUUUUAAUUUUAAUUUCUUUAUAUUUUGCUUUUCCCCGUGUUUGUGUUUGAACACACAUCUCCAAUGACAUCAUGGGAACGAACGCCAUGACGGAGAAUGUGGUUCGGUGUUUUUUUUUUUUUUUUUUUCAGUGUCUGAGGCACAAAUGUCGAAUCUAAUUCAUUGUUGGUUUAUUAGUCACAGGGUAUUGAGUUGGAUGUGUUGAGCAUAUCCUGAACAUUGCAACCUGCUUCAAAGGAAGCAUUAAAAUUUCUUUAAUUUAAAUCCCUCAUCUUUUCCUCCCUGCUAUGCUGUCUAUACCCUUAUAAUAUCCUUAAUGCUUAUAUAAUAUUAGUCAAAGCAUAUAUAUAUAUAUAUAAAAAGUUUAUACAUUGUUCUAUGCACAGCACUUAUACUACAACAAGGUGUACAGAGGGAUGUUAGAUUUAAUACAGAAGAACAUUAAUAUACUGUAUUACUUUCAGUUAAAAUUAUCUACCUGAACUUCAUUAUUCAGUAUCUCUGGAUUAUAUAGGAUACAGUCUGUACUAGUGUAUUCAUUCUUGCAACAAACGACUACUGUCUUUUAAAAAUGCACCCGAAUAUGUUUUUUUUUAUUUUGUGCUAUCAAUCAUUUUAUACAUUUCCAGCUGGUGGAACUUUCAUUUACGGAGCACAUUCUUUCAACAAGUAUUACCAAAGUACUGUAGAGUCCGAAGUGACCCGCCGGUCCCUGGACAUAGUGUCAUCUGUGGCCAUACUGUUGAAGUCAAUGGUCUGUUGACUUGUGGUGGCCCUCACUCCCUUUGAAUGGACUCCCGAUAGAUAUGCCCUCCAUCAAAGUGUGUGUGUGUGUGUGUGUGUGUGUGUGUGUGUGUGUGUGUGUGUGUGUGUGUGUGUGUGUGAGUGUUGAUUAGCUUUUUGCUGUUUUGCCCUCUCUCCUUGGCUGUGUACCAGAGUCUGGCUAGUGGCCAUGGUGAAGUGAGUGAACGGAGGAGAGACAGGCCUUGUAUGACAGAGGGCCUGUUGUCUCCAACAUGCCAACGACUGCUUAUCCCAGCAAUAUACUAAGACCUCCGUUCCACUGUACCUGUCUUUAUCUAUAGCCCAGGCAUAGGAGUCUACACUUUUGCAUAAGGAUGGAAUAGAAUUUGCUUCUUCUUUUUUUUUCCAUAAAAAUUAUAAGACUUACAUCAGCUUUCAUUUCACCUUAUCGUCCACCAAAAGCUGGAGAAAAAAUGUUUCUCAUGUUUUUCAACAGAGAUAACCAAAAUCGAAGCAUGAACAAUAAAUAGGAAGACUAAAAGGCGCGUCAGUGGUGUGCUCACAAGCCAUUGGCCGUGCUGAAAUUUGUCACACUUUUCUUGUUUGACCAAUUUGGUAUAAUUCACGCUUUGUUUCAAUGGUUUUCCCAACCAUUGGAAGCUUAAAGCAGGAGCUUGCAAGAUCACAACAUGUCUUGUUGGGCCUCAUACAGCAUCCACCACAUUAAUCUUUCCCCACAAGAUGUAUACGCCAUAAAUGUCUGCUAUUUUGUCAUUUUUGUAAUGAUGUGUCUGCUGCUUACUGGCCAACUCCUAUCGUUGCCGCUCUGAAUAUAUUCAGUUUACAUAUCCGCCUUUAAUUAUGGCCGGUCCGUUUCUAAUUCAUGUAAUGCUGAGCUCAGUUAUCAAUCACCCGGCAGGAAUUAUUCAUGGUAAUUCAGAUACUUGCAUUUUAUAAUAUGAAGCCAUGUUAUAAAGGUUGUCAUGAUGACAGAUGACAGACUCUAAAUGGCACGGCGCGCACCGCGAGGACGAGGAAACCAAACAACUCAGUACUCCCAUAGAGAAUUAGUUGUCCUGGCACCUUCUGGGUGACUGAAUGAGCUAGUAUUGCGGUUCUGGUGACGGCCCAGUUAUGAGUCGAUGCUCUCUGGGUGCCUGGCCUAGUUACAGUGGCAAAGUGCAGUGAAUCGUAGUCAGCAUUACUUUAGCAGGGGGGGGGGUGGACCUUCUUACCAGUCAAUUCCACAACUAUCACAGUCUGCUUAAUUGCACCCGACUGUUGCCUGGACAAAUCAUUUAUCUUAAUUAGUCUGUAAGUGACCACGUCUCUUGAACAAGCAGAUCUCCAUUUUACCUCGCAGCUUUACCGCAUAUGACCUUGGUCUCAUCCCUUGAUCAGGCACUUGAAAGCCAAAAAGAGUUGUUUGGGGGGAAAUUAUGUAUUUAUAGGAGUGGAUUAGUGAUGUGACAUUUGUGGUAGUAAAAGGUUUUCAAAUGAGCUUAGGCCUGGGGCUGUGUGUGUGUGUGUGUGUGUGUGUGUGUGUGUGUGUGUGUGACCAGAACUCUACAUAUCCUUGAGCAUGAUAUCUCCCACAGGGCUCCUCCUCUCCUUUCUGCACUGCUAUUCUCUACUCAUCAUUAGAAUGGACUCACUGUCACUUCUCACAUCAGUAGCUCUCUCACUCGCUCUCUCUCUCCUCCUCUCUCUCCUCUCUUCUCUUUACACCUCUGGCGGCAAAGGGGGGGGGGGUAACUCUUGUUGGAGAACAAAGCCUCGCUUGGGCCUCCCAUCUCCUCCUCCUACUCCCACUACUUUCUCCCCCUCCUUAUUCCUAUUUUUCUUCCACCAUCAAAUCUCUUGGCUCCUCUCCCAGUUGAAUCAAUUGUACCAUUCUGCAGGGCAGUGAAAGAUUGUUUUGGGUUUUUUUUAGACCCUCCUGUGCCAAGGAGUAGAGAGAGAGGGAAAGAAAAGAGACUCCACAAACAAAAAGCCAUCCCUAAUAAAUAAACCCCAUUGCACGUGGAGCAACUGCUUAUCCUAUACAAAUAUUAACCCAAAAGGUAAAACAACAACUCUUGCUUUCUUUCUUGCAUGCGACCCCGAGCAUCAUCUGCUCAUUUUCUCCUGUAAUCCUUUUUGUUUUGCCGAUCAGCGUCAUUAAAUCAAAGCGGGACACCUCUCAAACAAGGCAGUAAUUACUGGCCAUUUUUAUAGAAAUCCUCUGGAAAUGUGGGCAAAGAGAGAUUUUUGAAGAUAUGAGUUCUACCAAAAGGAGGUUUAUCAGUGCCAUUGUGUUGUUUUCUCCUCAUUGGUGUCCUUCUCUCCAGUGAGAUGUUAGCGAUUACCAUAUGUGUUCUUUCAGUCCUGUGUAGAUAUCCAACAUCACUUGUGACCCCACACUGUCCGCUCUUACCAGGGGACAUUUGGAGUUGCCAUGCUAAUGCUAAUCGUGGGGUCUCAGCGAUGAUUCUCGGUGUUAUGUCACGUCAUUGAAAAGCUUCCCUGGGGGAAAUCCCCAAUGUUUUUUGUUUUUCCUUAAGUGCCUCAUUGAAAUUGCUGUGAAAGUGAAGCUUUAUUUUCUCUUUUUUUUUAAAUCACAGCUCAAUUAGUUGUACAGUUGAUUUCAGAUCACCAGUCUUGCUUGCUCAUAUUUGACAUUGUUAAAAAAGGAGCAAAAUACUGAAUGUUUUUAUUUUGACCCAUUUGUAGAAUUUGGAGGGCUUACAAUCAAGACACAUUUUUCUCCAUUUCAUCGAUAUAUUUCACUCUCACUGGCUUCUCUCAAACCUGAGAGAGGAACCUGCAUUUAUACCACCAAACUGAUCAAGUAAUGGAUGUGCCUAAUUUUUGUAUUUUGCAUUUUUUGUGUAAUUCAUCAAUACUGACCGCAAAUAAAAACAAUGCACCCACCAAAUCUAAAGAGAAAUGAGCUGUCGUACAUUGACGUACCACUGUGUUGCUUGUGUAUGAUGCAGAUGAAUGCAGUCCAUUAUGUUCCACAAUGAAAGCGCUUACAUGGAUCAUUUCAUUAAUAAAUGAUUUUU